AUGAAGAACCAACAAGGAACCCCUGCGGGGCCCCAGGAGGAGAUAUAUCUCCUCAAGCGCGACAAGGUGGAGUCUGAGCGGCUCAACGAGCAACACAAAUUCCUGGUCACAAUUUGCGGGGGAAGUCCUAUCCACGAGUCGAUUCCCAAGGACCGUCUGUUUUCGAUUGCCGACGUGGCGACGGGCACGGGCAUCUGGCUGAACCACGUUUCGGACCUGCUCAAGAACAACCAUCCCACCGACCGCCCACGCUACUACCACGGCUUCGACAUCUCCGACGCCCAGUUCCCAAUCCCCGCCGAGCGCGGUUCCAUCGAAUAUUCCGUGCAUGACUGCCUCAAGCCGUUCCCGGCCGAGCAUCACAAUCGCUAUGACCUGGUGCAUGUGCGGCUGCUGGUGGCGGCCAUCCGGGAGCAGGACUACAAGGUGAUUGUUGCGAAUUUGGUGCCGUUGUUGAAACCCGGCGGCUACCUCCAAUGGGACGACCUCGACCUAAUCUCCUUCUUCCCGCCAAAGGAGGUGCCGCAAAACACAUCCUACUUCGAGACAAUGCGCCUAGUCGCCAACGCGCAAAUCUCACUCGGCGUCAGCCCCCACGUCCCAGACACAGUCUACCAAGCCGCGAAAACCGCAGGCCUGGUCGACGUAACGAAACACGACUGGCGCACAGCCGACCACCCGGAGCUCGCAACGACGACGCAGAACUGGGUGUUCAAGGUGUUCACGACGAUGAUCCCGAGUGCGCUGCGCAAGGCGAAGCUGGUCACCGACGAGGAGAAGGUGCAGCAGGAGGCGCAGCGGCAUUUGGAGAAUGUCAAACGGGCGUUUUUUGUUGAGGGUGUUGUGCCGAAUGGGGUUAUGGGGCAGGUUGUCGCUAGAAAGGCGCAGGAGUAA